AUGUUGCUGAUCAGGCAACGAAACGGUUUCGAGCUUCUUUCAACUGGCCGCUUCUGUUCCUCUCGUUCGCUACUCGUGCGCGCCGCCGUUGCAGCUCCUCGUUCCUUGCACACGUCGUCGCCAGCCAUGUUUGCUCUCACUCCCUGGCGCGGAUCGCCGGGCACCCAGCCAAAAACCUUCAGCCAGCAGAAGAACUUGCCGCGUCUUCCAGUGCCGAAGCUCGAGCAGACGUUUGACAAAUACCUCAAGUCUCUGUCGCCUUUCUUGCGACAGCUCGAAGAGCAGGGCAAGCUCGAAGGCAGCACCGCACAAGAGGAGAUCGCCAAGCGCAAGCAGUGGGUCCACAACUUCCUCGCCAAAGGCGGUCUCGGUGCCAAGCUGCAGCAGAGGCUCAUUGACGUCGACCGCACCACCGACAAUAACUGGCUCGACGACCGUUGGUGGCUCCAAAAGGCCUACCACGAGUGGCGCGUGCCGCUCAUGAUCAAUAGCAACUGGUGGCUCAUGUUUACGCACGACGAAAACAUGCCCACCGAUCUUGGCGAGCACCGCGGUCACGAUGCCUAUCCCAUCGCUGGCCUUGGCUCUCAGAACUGGGACGAGUCUGCAUGGGGUGUUCGCCGUGCCGCUUGGCUCACUUCGCGUUUCUUGCAGUUCAAGAAGCGUCUCGACGACGAGGAUAUCAUGCCUGACUCUUCUCGUGCCGGUCCGUUCUGCAUGCACCAAUACACUCGCCUCUACGGAAUCACACGAAUCCCCGCCAUCCCGCACGACUGGAACACGGCGACACCGCACCCUGCUGUUGCACGCCACAUCACCGUAAUCGCGCGUGACAACUACUACGAGCUCGAAGUGAUCCGCAAGGAUGGCACCUUGCUCGGCGUCGACUCGAUUGAAAAGGCGUUCUGGGACAUUGUCGCUGAUGCCAAGAAGGGCGAUGGUGCCGGUGUCGGCGUGCUGAGCUCCGACAACCGCGACACUUGGACAAAGACCCGCGAGCAUUUGCUGAGCGUGGCGCCUGUCAACCGCAAGUCCAUCAAUUCAAUCGAAGAUAGCAUUCUGUGUGUCUCGCUCGACUCGAGUGUACUCGCGCUUUCCCCGGAACACCCUGCCCCAGCCCACGAGGCGACACCCAUCUGGGUCGACGCAUUGGCUCGCAACUGCAGCGGCGCCGGACGAGGUGGACACAACCGCUGGUUCGACAAGGCUCUCACAAUCGUGGUCGAGCCGAACGGACGCGCAGGAAUCAUGGGCGAGCACUCGCCCUGUGAUGCGCUUAUCCCCAGUAUUCUUUGCGACUACGCCGCUGCUGAGCCAUGUCCUCCUCCAGGCUCUGGCUUCCCUGCCGAACUGAGCUCGCCCAACGAGUCGGCCAGCUGGAAAAAGCUCGAAUGGGCUGUCGACGACUCGACCAAGCAGUCGAUCGAGCAAUCGGAGCAGGCCGCCCUGCAGGCUGCCAAGGAGUCGGACAUUCGCACGCUGUGGUACAACGAGUACGGAGCCGACUGGAUCAAAAAGGUGGGCAAGCACAGUCCCGACGCUUACCUGCAGAUGGCACUCCAGCUUGCUUACGCCAAGGUUCAUGGACAGCAGACAUCCACUUACGAGACAGCGUCCACCAGGCUGUUCAAGCACGGCCGUACCGAUGUCAUCCGCUCCUUCAGCGACGAAGCGUACGAUUUUGUACGUGGCGUUCGCGAGGGUAAGGAUGCUAAGACGCUCUACACGCUCCUGACGGCGGCGACCAAGUCGCACAACACGCAAACGCGCGAGAGCUCGACAGGCAAGGGUAUCGACCGACACAUGACUGGUUUGCGCCUACUGCUGCGUGCCGAGGAUGGCGAGACGCCGGCCAUAUUCUCGGACCCGCUCUUUGGCGAGUCGCAGUCGUGGCGUCUGAGCACGAGUGGUCUCAGUGCCGGAGACCGAUUCGCAGGUACCGGUUUUGGUACUGGCUACCCGACCGAAUCGUACGGGAUCAAUUACCUUGCAGGUGCGCAACUGCUCAAGUUUGGCAUCGAGUCCAAGAACAACGCGACGACUCAAUUCGCCAAGAGUUUGGUUGAGGCACUCAGAGAUAUGCGACGCAUCUGCGAACAGGGUGGUCCUCCCCCACAGGCGACCGAGGCAUCCAAGCUUUAG